AUGAAGCUUGUAGCGCUGCUUGAGUCAAAUGCCCGAAGAUUCUUAGAAAAUGACCAACCUCUUAGUGCCAUUUCUCUCACUGCUAUUUUGCGAGAGGUGAAACCCAAUUCACCAAGUUAUUCAAUUCUUCACGCAAAAGCUCUUUUUGCUGCUCGUGAAUACGAUUUGGCUAUGCGUUUGGCGAGAAGUGUGAUAAAUGAUGAUGCAGAGAAUUCAGAAGCUGUUUUAAUUGCUAUGAAAUCAGCCUAUGAAUUAGGAGAUACAAAGGAAUGUUCUUUUUUUGCAGAUAGACUGAAGCAAAUACCCUUUAUGAAUGUUAUUGCUCUGUGCUAUUUGGGAAAGUGCGCUGAAAUUUCCGGGGACACGAAGAAGGCUGCAUACCAUUAUCAAUUGGCCUUGGAAAUAGAUCCUUUUUGUGGUGAAGCAAUGACCGCUUUGGUUGAAAGAAAGCUUUUAAAUAUUACGGAUCUUCGUGCUCUUAUCGAUUCUUUACGUUUCCCAUCAGAUGCCGAGGUGCUUCGUGCAUCUUACAAGGCCCGUUUACCGUCUGAAUUGGUUUCUCAGGAGCAUCAAAAAUACAUUCCAAGGACAAUAUUGAAGUUACAGGCUGCUACAGCCGAAUACGAAAGGAAUGAUUUACAGCAAGCAUUGGUUUUGACAACUGAAUUGCUGGAGAUGACACCUUUUAAUCGUGAGGGUGUGUGUUUACAUCUUUCAAUUUUAGUGAAUAUGAAAGCUACUUCAAAAUUAUUUGAUCAGGCCCAUUUUUUGGGUAAUAAUAAGGCUCAUACGGAAUUGGCGGUGUAUGCCAUGGGCUGUUUUCAUUUUUCUCUGUCCAACUAUGAGCGUGCCGGACGGUUUUUCAGCAGAGCGACAGAACUUGAUGCCUCCUUUGCUGAGGCCUGGAUUGCAUACGGCCAUUGCUACGCAAAACUGGAGGAAGGCGAACAAGCAUUAGGUGUAUAUAGGAGGGCGAUGAACUAUUUUCCGGGUCUUCCAUGCUGUAGUACUUUUGUCGGAAUGCAAUAUAGUAGGAUACAUCAGUGGGGAUUAGCCUCUUAUUUUCUUGAGCAAGCUAGACAAAUUAUUCCAAAUGACCCACUCGUGUUAAAUGAGAUUGGUGUUUUACAUGCGAAAACUCACAGAUUACAAGAAGCCGUUAGAUUUCUUAGAAUGGCUUAUCAGUCUCUUCCUAACCCUGAAAAUCCAUCGGAACAUCGAGAUUGCAUAAUUUUUAAUUUAGCGACGGUUUGCCGGAAAAUAAAGCAUUAUGAUGAGGCCUUAUCAUUCUAUACUUUGUAUGUUAAAUGUCGGCCAAAUGCUAGUCAUGGUCAUUGUGGUUUGGCAUUUACUUAUCACUUAAUGGGUAACAUGAAGGUGGCGAUAGCUCAUUAUCAUAUAGCUUUGAGCAUUAAAGCAGACUCUUUUUAUCGUGACAUGCUUGACCGAGCUUUGGCGACAGAGUUUGAAGAAAAGGCAGUGGGGACUGCCUGGAGGCCGGGGGGCGGUUUGGGGUCGCCUUCUCCGGAUGAUGUGUCUUUUUCGACUGUAUCACGAACCCUUCGUUCGGAAUCGGUGGCCGGUGAAAGUAUAGGACCUUCACCUGGCCCAAGUCUUGGACGAAGCUUACCUUUUUAA